ACUAGUUAUUUGUAAUGGCUAGAUCAGAUAGAUGACAUGAUGCAGAUGAAGCUACAUGUACAGUACUGUUUGAUAGAUUACAUGUAGAUGUGUGUUUUCUUAAAAGCUGGGAGGUCUGGUACCACAGUUAGUCCCUCCCUGACCCUAUCCUACUGUAGAAAAAAAGAUUCGGGGUCAUUUUUCGCAUGACGAGGGGAACCCAGUCUGGCGGCAAAAGACCCAGAAUGCCUCGACAAUGGAUACAAUGUCAUGUAAAGAGCAAGACUGCAUUCUUUCAUUUUCCUGCCAUCCUGUUGGGCUCCAAACGCUUCCGCUUUCGUCUUCUUGCAGUGGGUUCACUUCCAUUAUAUCUAACAAACAAAGUAAGCAGUAACAAAGAUGGAUAAGAUGGAUCUGUCUAAUCGAGGCUCUACAUUUGAGCAAACUCCGCGAGGAGAAGGUCAGAUGGUGCAGAUGGGACGCAUGGGGAGUCAACGUCUGGGCAUCGGCGGCGGGUCGAUGAUUAUGCGCGACGCCAUGGGAGGAUCUGGUCGUCACUUUGACGAUGUUUUCUUGGAUGAUCAACCCAUUGGACGUGGUGGUACCAUGGGCACGUACAAGUACAGCAACAAUCCUCACGAUGGAGCUCGUCGGAGACGACAAAUGUGUGUCGGUAUCGUUAUCUUUGCCGUGCUCUUUGCGGCGGCUCUGUCGAUACACUUGUCGGGUAGCAAGUCCGCCGCUGAACAAAUGGUAACUGCCGCACCCAGUUUAAAGGGGACUACCGUCGCACCCAACGUGACUGAAGCUCCCAGUAUUAGUGCCGAGGAGGAACAAGAAUUGGAACAGCAACUAGAAGAAGAACACGAAGCGAUUAUGCAAAAUUUGGAAAACGAAAAGAAGGAUUUGGACCACGAACUAGAAACGACACGAGAAGAACAGCACAAUGCGGAUAAUACACCGGAACAACAAGAAAUAUUGGAUCAAAAGGAAUCCACGAUUGAGGAUUUGGAAGAUGCGAUCCGCGAAGAGGAAACCGUCGAAGAAUUCUUGACCGAUGACCGCGUCACGGACGAAAUGGCGGAUUUGGCCGAAAAGGACGAAGAUUUGUUGGAAGCCGAAGAAUACAAUCUAGACAAUGAGCUGGAUGUGCUAGAUCAGGAACUCAACAAUGCCGAUAAGGGAGAUGCCACUCCUGCCGAAACAGAAGAACUAGAAGAAGAAUUGGGAGAAUUAAAGGGACAGGAAGCUUCUUUGCGUGAUCAGGAAGACAAUGUGGAAGCCCAAGAAAACGAACUCAUUGCGGAGGUCGUAGAGGAAGAAAAAAAGGAAGGAGAUGAGGAAAACGAGGAUGGACAAUAAAAAUCCUUGACAAGCAAGCAAUCAAUAAUUUACAUUUUACGAUUUUCAUAAUUUACUGCUUGUUUCAUUC